AUGUACAAAGCAAUGGCGUUAGCACAAUUGGUGAAGGUGCCCAGAAAGAAGGGCUCCACCAUCGCAGGGUCAUCCACGACAGUAGAAGAGCAAUUAGGCUUCCAGAAGUAUGCAAUACGACUCUUGGCCGGCACGACAGGUAGGAGCGCGGCAGUCAUCAGCGAGCACUGGCUGCAAAGAAUGCCAUUCGGCCGGACCCUGACAAGCACGUUCAUGAAGGGCAACGCGCGGCGGCCGGUUCCAUCUAUUUCGAACAGCGGACAACAAAUGCGGGGCCCCAGUACGGGCAUCAUAUGGAUCUGA